UCCUCCCGAGCCGGGCCGGGCCGGGGUCGGGCAGAGAAGAUGGGGAACACCACCUCCUGCUGCGUCUCCUCCAGCCCCAAGCUGCGCAGGAAUGCCCACUCCCGGCUGGAGUCCUACCGCCCCGAGGCCGAGCUGAGCCGGGAGGACACGGGCUGCAACCUGCAGCACAUCAGCGACCGGGAGAACAUCGACGAUUUGAACAUGGAAUUCAACCCAUCAGAUCAUCCACGGGCCAGUACGAUAUUUCUCAGUAAAUCGCAAACAGAUGGGGGAGAGCUGAUGAGAGAAAAACGCAAGAGUCUCUAUAUAAACCACCAUCCUCCUGGGCAGUUGAGAAGGAAGUACAGUUCCUGCUCCACUAUUUUCCUGGAUGACAGCACAGUCAGUCAACCAAACCUCAAGUAUACCAUCAAAUGCGUAGCUCUUGCAAUAUAUUACCACAUCAAAAACAGGGACACAGACGGAAGAAUGCUCUUAGAUAUUUUUGAUGAAAACCUUCAUCCCCUUUCGAAAUCCGAAGUGCCACCAGAUUAUGACAAACAUGACCCGGAGCAGAAACAGAUUUACCGCUUUGUUCGGACGUUGUUCAGUGCUGCUCAACUGACUGCUGAAUGUGCCAUUGUCACCCUGGUAUACCUUGAAAGACUUUUAACUUACGCAGAGAUAGAUAUUUGUCCAGCAAACUGGAAACGAAUUGUACUGGGUGCAAUUCUACUGGCAUCCAAAGUUUGGGACGACCAGGCAGUGUGGAACGUGGAUUACUGCCAGAUCCUGAAAGAUAUCACGGUUGAAGACAUGAAUGAGCUGGAACGCCAGUUUCUUGAGCUGUUGCAGUUCAAUAUUAAUGUUCCCUCCAGUGUUUAUGCCAAGUAUUAUUUUGAUUUGCGUUCCCUGGCAGAAGCGAAUAACCUGAGUUUUCCUUUGGAGCCCCUCAGCAGGGACAGGGCAUAUAAACUUGAGGCCAUUUCCCGCUUGUGUGAAGAUAAAUAUAAGGACUUCAGGAAAGCCGCAAAGAAACGGUCAGUCAGUGCUGACAAUCUGACUGUGGUUAGAUGGUCCCCUGCUAUUAUAUCUUAACAGAGGAGACUGGAAUAUUUCUGCGGACGUACUGUUUCAUCCAUCCAUUUUUUUCGGGGUGGGCUGGGGGCGGGGGCAUAAAGAAAAAAGACUUGAUUUUUUUAUUUUUAAAUCUGUCAAGCUGCCUUUACAGUGCCUCCCCAUUGUGUAGCACACGAGUAAAAUACUUAGUGGAAGGAGAAAUGGAGAAAUCAGUGUUCAGGAGAGAAGAUGGGCAACAAUUUUUUUCUCACUUUCGCUAACAGCUUUACCCUUUUUCUGAGGAAACGGUAAAUCAGGUGCUUGGAAGAAGAAACAAAAAAAUGAAGUAGAGGCAGAAAAAUAUUUAAGAACUGUGCCAUUUUCUAAUAUGCUGUACUCACGAAGAGAAAUAGCAGCAUGAAAACAAACCGUUUAGUCAGAUGACUGUGCACUAGAGGAAUGAAGUUGGGAGAGUUCCAUCCUAAAGGUUUCUCUUAAUAUCUUUUUUAUUUUUUGUUGGUUUUUGCAUUCCUCAUUGCUGCUUCCCAGGAUAAAUUCUUCCGCUUGCACAGCAGCAAAUACGAAGUCUGUAUUUACAGUAGCACAAGCCCCCGAAUAAAUAGUGUUGAGUUUUUUCACUGCACUUUUCUCUGUAAGCUGUCUUAUUAGCAUUAUUCUUCAUCAUUAUUAUGCAUAUGUUAUAUUUCUUGUAUGCCUUUUAUUGUAUUUCAAAAGAGAGAACUUGACCAUAGUGCUGAACCAAAAGUGUAUACAGGGAUCUGAAGAUCUUCGUAAUUUCAUGAUGUGUUUUAUUUAUAGUGUACUUCGGUGCAUGUGCCUUCCUGAGUUCUUGGAAUCAUUUAUCUUCCCUUAAUAUAAGAUACAGUUAUUAAAGUAUUCAGAUGUUGAUGAUAAGACUUGGGCCAAAUCUCUGAAAUUUGCAACAGAUCUUGUGAUUCUUUUUGCAGAUUUUCAUAGCAUUAGAAGUUUAGCAGAAUUCAUUUUGAGGGAGAUAUUUUUUUUUUGUAUGGCCUGACUAGUUCAUUCCUUCACCUCCAGGUCCAUUGUUGCAAGCAAUAUUCUCAAUUUUUAUAUGUUUACUUUAAAUUAAAGUGAGUCUGUUUGUAUAAAACAAAAAAUAAUAAAAAAAAUUGUUCCAGUGAGAAGGCCUGUAGAAGAGCAGAAUGGAAAUCUUAACAAGGUAUUUGUCACAAGUAGAUUUGAUUUUGAAGCUAAAAUAUAACCCUCAUGUUUUUCAGUGUAGGUGCUUAUAGAAAUUAAAAGUAACCGAACUGUGAACAUAAUUUUCCACUCUGAUUAUUAAGCUCUUCUUUUGUUAUUACUAGUUCCCUCUUACUGUGGCUGUUGCCCCCUUGGAAUUUGUAAGAACCUUUUAUAGAAAAUAACUUGUCAGUAUAAGCAUAUUUGCUUUAUAAUGCCCCAGGGUGAUAUUUUUCCCAUUCCCACAGUUUAGAAAGUUACAGUUAAAAACUCUCAGUUCCUGGAAAUCCUUUCUUUAUGACUAUCACUGAAAUGAAUGGCAACAGACGUCCCUGCUUUAUGCACUACUGUGGUAAACCAUAAAGAAUCCGUAUGUGUUUUAUUAAGCCCUAUGGGCUUGUAGCAAAGGUAGGGACCCAGAGAUGCACGCUUGACUUCCAGUGCAAUGCUAAUCAGAUGCCUCCGGGCGGAGAGGCACUGACAGGAUUGAAGUAGUAAUACCAAACAGUUUUCUGUUAACUUUCUAAUGUGAUCUGUGUAGUUUGAGACAUGAAGGUUUUGUCCAUAAAUUCUCCUGAUGUCCUUUGGGCCUUUAAAAUAAUCUGUCUCUCAUCACUUCUUGUUGUGCCAAUGCAUCAGAACUGUGAGUAUCCAAGUCCAUUUUUCCCUUGAACAUGGAAUGUAAGGAAAGUGUUUAUAACAAUUCAGACAAAACAACAAAUUCAGAUUACAGCAUUUGAAACCUCUUUACAGAUAGUAUCAAAAGGAACAUUUUCAAAGCAUUUGAAAUUCAUCCUUUAUAAGCAUAAAUUUAGGCUUUAAAAUAUGUAAAAUAUUUUGAUUUAUCAACACUUUGCUAAACUAUUUUCCGUUUAACUUGAUAUCAGGAAUAUUGGUUUUAUCCAUUUCUGGGUGAUAGAGAUAUGAACUUUGGAUUAUGUAAAGAUCUCAGUGCAUCUACUAUAAUUUUUGUGAAGUUUAUUAAACUACUUUAAAGAUUGUAUAGUCUAUUUAUUGUAUGUAUGUACAUACAGUCUGAUACUUUAAAAAGUGGAUUCCGUAAAACCUGGCUCAGUCUUGUUUAGACUAUUGAAUAUCGUUUUAGCCUUGUGCACUGGACUCUACCUCUGUAUAGGAGAAUUUUCCAUAUUCUUAAUUAGUACUGAUUCUGUGAUUAACUUGGUUAUGUUUCUUGCACUAAGAAUUAAAAAAAAAAUCUGCUGUAA